AAUAGUAAAUUGUUUUAAGGAUCUUUCCAAUUUCUUUUAAUUCGUGGUUAGAAAGAUCCAUGUUUUCCUGAACUGAUAUUCUUUUUCUUUAAGUUUGCUGCAUACUUUAGUGUUUUUAUUUCCGCACAGUCUUUAAUGCCGUGGUUGAAACGACAGUGACAUUAAGGCUACGGGCAGCUCUGCAGUCCUUCCAGAAUAAUAAAAUCGAGGUGUGAUUCCCUGAUAGGAUCUCGCAGCUGAAUCCUUUACCUCUUUUCCACACCUACUGUGACAGUGCAGACAGGGAACUGGUUCCCACUCCUGAGAACCGGCCCUAGUUUCCAGUGGCUGGAAACAUGUAUAAUAGAUAGAGAAUAUGCACACCACCUUGGGCAUGUAAUAUUUUAAGUUCAUUAAACAACUUUGACAGAGAAUGUUUAGGCUAAUGUAUCAUGUAGGCUGUUGUCAUAAUACACCCAUAUAAAGUGCCUUUGGUUGCUAUAUGAAAAUAUAUGGAAUUGCUGAUGUUAACUUAAGUGCCGAUUCAUAAGUUAGCAUUAAUUGAAACAUUGUUCUUUAUAAAACAUAAAAUGGAUGGAUGGAUAGCUAGUUACAUUACAAAGCAUUACUAAUAUAACUAUUUGCAGAAUUUUUUUUUUUACUGUGUAAAUUUUGCAGCUAUGCAGAAAGACAGGCAUCACCCGUUGUUAGGGCACAUUCACGAACAGGCCAUUGGUGAGACAUAAUAGUGCCUGGAUUCAAUCAGACGCAGUUCAUCCAUUUGCCUACAUAUGUCACCGCCUCCACCAUAUACUCCGGAGAGCUGGUACCAGUUUUCGAUUUGUGUGCCCGUAAGGAAGCAAGUGCGCUUUGGAAGCUGGCUACCAAAAACGGAAUACAGAACUGUGUGGCACUUUGAAACAUUUUCCAUCUUGUGUAUUUUGAGUGUUUUUGUAGUUUUGGAAGCUUUUUUUAAAAUAUUUGUUCUGUACUACGAAUGUCGCCUGUUCUCUUCAGUUCUAAUUUCUUCAUGUUUUCAGCAAACGCUAAAAUCAAACGUAAAGUCAAACUCUAGGAGUGACAAGCGUGGCUCUGCUGAGGUUUUCCGCCAUUGUGGCCCCCCUGACAUGCCCCCAUCAUGAGAUCAGCUUCUGACAGCCAGUUCUCUUGGUACUGUGCCGGGCUACUUUUCCAGGUACUGCACCAGUUGAUUGGUAAAGAAAAAGCACGGAACCAGUUGCCAAUUAGGCACGGACUCUGCCCCCGCAGCGCACUGACGGAAGAGAGGUCCGUGUGAACCUCCUCGCCCUGGUUUCCCCUUCUGGCCCGUCUUUACAUGCUCUCACACGACUGUGGCAUCCAGUUUCUUUAGUUGCUCUGAAAGACAGUAAAGUCCUGUUGUUCUUAUCUUCUGGUUCCAACUGUGUGCAGUAUACAGGCUGCUGAUUUCACAAGCUCAUUUUAGCAGUUGUGUUAUUCAUAACACUGUCACUUCACUACUGGAGGAGUCUAGGUCCAUGUGUCCCAAGCGGUGUCCUCCCUCUGUCCACUUAAGGGGAAAUCUGCUAUGCUACCAUUCUUAGGGUCCAGAGUGGCUGAGGAUAUUACCAGAGGGGCAGGAAUUAUAACCAUAAGAUGCUGUAGGCAUACUACUGUAAAUGCAUUUGGCUUCACGGUUGUGUGUCCUGGCUGGGGUUCGGAGCCCUAUGUUUAUGAGCUUUGCUGUACGUGUUAAUCCACAAGAUGCAGAGAUUGCUGACUUAAGUGUGCUCCUGGUCUGUUUAAGCUGCACUGACAGGAAGUGUAUUCGUAGAAACAUCAUACAUAUGCACUGGACCAACGAGGUUAAAAAGAACAUGGUCUGCAGUGAUCAUGCACUAUUUUGUUUUGCGUUUUUCUUUCUGAAUAUUUCCACCAAUCGAGGGUUCUUUACAUUCCAGUGUGUGGGCCUGCCUUUGUCACUUGUCUGUAAGUUCAGACUCAGGGCUGCUUGUUUUUCAGCUUCACCAGCUCCCUUUUUGUGCUGUAUCUAAAUGGUAAUAAUCUGAUGUCUUGCUGCAGAUCUGUCAGUAAGGAAUACGAGCUGGCAUUAGUGGAAUGAGACAGCCAGUCUCGCAGUGAAGUGCACGUGUUGCUGAUCUGCUUCCGUCUGUCUCGUUUUGGUACUGCAUGGGUUUGUCAUUUUAUACUUGGAUUGACCACUUUUUGCAUAACUGGGAUUUAUGAAGUGCAACCAUUGUAGGAAGUCUUUUAAGGAGACAAGUGCUUCCUGUAAAUCGCUUGGUUAUUUUGCCAUGCGUGGCAUCAUGUGACCCACCGGGAUGGAGGGCCUUUGCUCUCCUCAAAGCGUGGACGGGCUGUACUGGAAAGCCUGUACAGCAGGGAUGGGAAUCAGUCAUUUUCCCUCAAGUCAAAGUUUUUCCAUCGUUUUUACAGUCAAGUCACAAGGUAUCAAAUUUGUGACUCGUCCAAGUUGGGUUGUGAGUCAUGUAACUUGAGUCCCUACCUAUGUCAGUUUUUUACCUUUAGUGAUUAAAACUCGCUGCAGCAAAAACAAGACAUUUUUUAGGCAGAGAGAUUGCAUCCACUCAUGGUUGUCUUCGCACAGUUUUUACGUCUGCGUAUAUGCAGAUAGUUUGCUGGAAGGAUGUAUCAUGAUCUCAGGAGAUCUUGCUUUCAGCCAAUUGAAAAUGCAGACAGCCGAGAAUUAAUGUACACUGAAAUUAUGAAAUUAAAAUUAUGGUAUCCAGAAGGGGGACUGUAACCUCAUGUCUUCUCAAGUCAUAGGAUCCAAAUCGUGUCCAAGUCUCAAGUAAUUGUCCUCAAGUCCAAGUCGAGUCCAAUUCUUUCCAUCAGUUUUGCCGAGUCAAGUCACAAGUGACUUGAGUCCAAGUCGAGUCAGUGCCUCGAGUUUCCACCUCUGCUGUACAGGUAGAAUUCAUACGACUGCUGAGUGCUGAACUUAAACCAAGGUCUCCUGAAUUGGAGACUGAAAGUGCACAUGCUAAUACAUGCUAACCUUGCAGCACAGCAAGGCAUCAUUCGGUUCUGUGUACCCACCUAGGUGGACUGAGCUGUGUAUGAGGCUCCUUUCCUCCAUACUAUCAGCCACAAAACUCCAUCCCAAGUUCAGUCACAUGGAAACAUCCCACCUAGUUCUGUAUUAACAGACUCUGGUGGUUCGGUAGUCACCUGGUCAGUGUGGGCCUCCUGCAGCAGACUGUGAGGGCAUCCCUUCUGCCUUUGACUGUUUACAUAGGAACCCGCAGAGGAAGGUAACAUUCUCAGUCGCUGAACAUAUUCUGAGUGGCUUCCUGUGGCAUGUGUGCAUAGAUCAUGUUGGGCUGCUGACUGUUCAGGCCUGAGUGACAGACAGGCUGGAAUCGGUGAUACUUUAGUCGUUGUGUUUCCUGGGGAGUUUAACGGUGAAAUCCAUCCAUCUGUGCAGUCGUACACACAUCAGCACAUCACAGCUGUGUGAGCUAAGCCCCUCUAUGCCUGUCAUAAGAACAGUGGUGCCCGGUAGGGCUACCUUACCUUUUCUUGUUGUUUUAAACCCCAGGGCUAGGUUGAUGUCUGUUGUGCAGCCGUGUAUCUUUACCCUGGGUGUUGGAGUUGCAGCCUCGUUACGGGGAGCAGUUUCAACCCACCCUGGGCCUGCGGCUCUUUAUUUCCAGUCUUUCUGCCCCCUCCCCCACUGGCCUGAGCCUCUGCUGAGGCUGUUGCAGGCAGGAUGUUGAUCUGGGUUAGUGUGAGUGAGGAAGGCAGUGGGGUGACGCAGCAGCUAUGUCGCCUGGGGGGAUACCCCAGGACUUCCGGCCCGGCUUGCCCUGGCGCAGCUGUGUGGCCAGCCUACCCUGAAACCGGCACUCAGGUGGCCCGGUGCAGUGCUGCUGUGUGGCCAGCCUACCCUGAAACCGGCACUCAGGUGGCCCAGUGCAGUGCUGCUGUGUGGCCAGCCUACCCUGAAACGGGCGCUCAGGUGGCCCGGUGCAGUGCUGCUGUGUGCCCAGCCUACCCUGAAACGGGCGCUCAGGUGGCCCGGUGCAGUGCUGCUGUGUGGCCAGCCUACCCUGAAACGGGCGCUCAGGUGGCCCGGUGCAGUGCUGCUGUGUGGCCAGCCUACCCUGAAACGGGCGCUCAGGUGGCCCGGUGCAGUGCUGCUGUGUGGCCAGCCUACCCUGAAACGGGCGCUCAGGUGGCCCGGUGCAGUGCUGCUGUGUGGCCAGCCUACCCUGAAACGGGCGCUCAGGUGGCCCGGUGCAGUGCUGCUGUGUGCCCAGCCUACCCUGAAACGGGCGCUCAGGUGGCCCGGUGCAGUGCUGCUGUGUGGCCAGCCUACCCUGAAACGGGCGCUCAGGUGGCCCGGUGCAGUGCUGCUGUGUGGCCAGCCUACCCUGAAACGGGCGCUCAGGUGGCCCGGUGCAGUGCUGCUGUGUGGCCAGCCUACCCUGAAACGGGCGCUCAGGUGGCCCGGUGCAGUGCUGCUGUGUGGCCAGCCUACCCUGAAACGGGCGCUCAGGUGGCCCGGUGCAGUGCUGCUGUGUGGCCAGCCUACCCUGAAACGGGCGCUCAGGUGGCCCGGUUCAGUGUUGCUGUGUGGCCAGCCUACCCUGAAACCGGUGCUCAGGUGGCCCGGUGCAAUGCUGCUCUGUGUCCAGCCUACCCUGAAACGGGCGCUCAGGUGGCCCGGUGCAGUGCUGCUGUGUGGCCAGCCUACCCUGAAACGGGCGCUCAGGUGGCCCGGUUCAGUGUUGCUGUGUGGUCAGCCUACUCUGAAACGGGCGCUCAGGUGGCCCGGUGCAAUGCUGCUCUGUGCCCAGCCUAACCUGAAACGGGCGCUCAGGUGGCCCAAUGUGGCGUGGUGUGGCUGUGUGAGCAGCCUAAUCUGAAGCCAAGGCUCAGGUGGCCCAGUGGAGCCAGAAAGCAGAACACGGUCGAGCUUCCGGACUACGCUGAGCAAAUACUCAGUGACAGUGCUGCUGUAGGGUGUCCACAUGGCCAUUUGUCGUUGAAAUUGACUAAGAAGUUCCUGCCAAGUGUGCUUUAUUUUUUUAAAUUUUGAUUGGGGGGGGGGUUAAGGUUGGGUUCCCAGUUUAUUCUGGGGGAAGUGUGUCCCUAGUUCCUGAGUACUGAGUUACUUAGUGUGUGUCUAGUGUCUCACGGGGGUGCGUUACAAAAAAUUUAAAUAAUUUUCCAGUUAUUCAUAAUGAUGAUUUGAAUUAAUGUUUAUCUAUAUUUUGGUGAUGAACAUUUUUAAACCGAGCUUCGUGAAGGUGUUUGUAAAGUGCUGUUUAGGAACUGAUUGUUUACAUGGCAAGUUUCACUUCCCUGAGGAGGUCUUAUGUAUGUGCAACUUUUAAAAUGACUAAAAAUUGCAGUGGGGGUAAAACACAGCAGUUGUUUUUGUAAUUUAAUGUUACUAUUUUGUAAUCUGAUUCCUUUUUAUUGGAACCAAAUUGGUUUUAUGAUAAGCAUAUAUGGAACUCUGGAAAAUGACGUUCCUCCUGACUCCACCUAGCAUGAAUGAACCAAAAAUGAGCCGAGGAGCCACCUAGCAUUGGCUGUGUGGUUUAGUUAGGUGAUAGCAUGGCUGUUGGUUGUUUGCAAGGCAUUAGCCAGGUGGUAACAUGGCCAGCAGGCGAUGGCGUUAGCCACGCUAGCACCCUACUGUCUGGCGUGUUAGCUAGGCCCUAGCAUGGCUGUCUAGCGUGUUAGCUAGGCCCUAGCGUGGCUGUCUAGCGUGUUUGCAAGGCAUUAGCCAGGUGGUAACAUGGCCAGCAGGCGAUGGCGUUAGCCACGCUAGCACCCUACUGUCUGGCGUGUUAGCUAGGCCCUAGCAUGGCUGUCUAGCGUGUUAGCUAGGCCCUAGCGUGGCUGUCUAGCGUGUUUGCAAGGCAUUAGCCAGGUGGUAACAUGGCCAGCAGGCGAUGGCGUUAGCCACGCUAGCACCCUACUGUCUGGCGUGUUAGCUAGGCCCUAGCAUGGCUGUCUAGCGUGUUAGCUAGGCCCUAGCGUGGCUGUCUAGCGUGUUUGCAAGGCAUUAGCAAGGUGGUAACAUGGCCAGCAGGCGAUGGCGUUAGCCACGGUAGCUCCCUGCUGUCUGGCGUGUUAGCCAGGCCCUAGCUUGGCUGUCUGGCGUGUUAGUCAGGCCCUAGCUUGGCUGUCUGGCGUGUUAGCCAGGCCCUAGCUUGGCUGUCUGGCGUGUUAGCCAGGCCCUAGCUUGGCUGUCUGGCGUGUUAGCCAGGCCCUAGCUUGGCUGUCUGGCGUGUUAGCCAGGCCCUAGCUUGGCUGUCUGGCGUGUUAGCCAGGCCCUAGCUUGGCUGUCUGGCGUGUUAGCCAGGCCCUAGCUUGGCUGUCUGGCGUGUUAGCCAGGCCCUAGCUUGGCUAGCCUGGCUAGCUUAGGUGUUAGCGUGGCUGCCAGGCGCUAGGCAGGCAUUUGCAUGGCUGCUGAUCCAGCAUGUUUUGUUUACUAGAUUAUUAGAUGCUGUUUUGCAUUUAUGAAUCAAAUGUUUCCAAAUAAAAUGGAGUGUUGUCUUUGCGAGAAGUGUCCAUCUUGUGGAUGUGUCUGUAUAUUCUGUGCUAAUGAGCUGCAUGCUCCUUGCCAUGGCUGCGUCCAGAGGGAGAUGUGGCCAGAAUUUGAUUCCGACGGUAAACAAAACAAUUCAGGGAGGAAAAAACUUGAGAAUCCCCGUGCAUGGUGUUUGUGUAGGUUUCCUCAUAUAAAAAUGAAGUUUGAUGUUAUGAUGAAUUUACCCUUUGACCACCUCUGUAUCCUUAUGAAAUAAUUGAACUGGUAAGUGCAUGCAUGCAUAGGUGCGUGUGUUUGGCGAGGGGGGUGUGGUGUGCCACAGCCAGUGCACAGCACCGUUAAUGGCUUUUACAUUGAAAACAUGGCAUCAGGAAUGCUAGUUUCUGUUUCUGUGCAGUUUACUUAUAAUGGGGUCGAGUGGACAUUGAACUCUGAUGUUUUACGAAGGUGUCACCUAGUUUAAUACUGAAAUCUUAAACUGACAUUAAAAUGUCAUAUGUCUCUCCUAGUGGAAGUUUAUUUACAUUUUCAAAUGGGUGCAGGCUGUUUGUUUCACAAAAGGUUGUUUGAUAUGUGUAUGGUUUAGUGGGUCAGGCAACAGCAGACAAGGCUUGGUUGUUACUGGCCAUGUUACGAAUGAUGCUGGAUGGAACAGUCACUCCCUUUCAACUUGGACUGGCCAUACUGGUGUGCCUCUGCAAUAUUGUGUGACGUUAUCAAACAGCAAUCACACAUCCUGCAAACAGUACCGAUAAUGGGUGUCAUGGGUUCGCUGGGAGCAGGCUCUCAGUCUCCUUUCUGAUGGACGAUGUCACCUUUGAAAAUUCUUCAGAUUGGGGUCGACAUACUAGCAAUUGUCCCGCCACUUACUGGAGGUGUCCUGCUAGGGUUGGGCUGAGGGUUAGGGUGGCUGUCGCUGAUGUCCCCGUGUGCUUCCCCUGCCCUCACCUUCUGCCCUAAAUGACAUGUUUAUCUCACCUGCACCUAGGGCUAAAAGAUAUGGAGAAAAAUAUCUAAUCCCGGUUUUUAAGAACAUAAGAAAUUUACAAACGAGAGGAGGCCAUUCGGUCUAUCAAGCUCAUUUGAGGAGAACUUAACUAAUAGCUUAGAGUUGUUAAAAUCUUAUCUCUGAUUUAAAGGAACCCGGGGUUUUAGUUUCCGCUACACUAGCAGGAACACGCUGUGUAAAGAAGUGCUUCCUCAAAUUCAUUUUAAAAUGUUCUCCCGCUAAUUUACACCUAUGGCCAUGAGUUCUAGUAUUUAAACUAAUAUUGAAGUAGCCAUUUGGCUGAACAGCAUCCAGACCUGUUAGAAUCUUAUAUACCUGGAUCAUGUUCCCCCUUAGUCUCCUUUGCUCGAAGCUAAACAGAUUCAGCUCAGUUAACCUCUCCUCAUAAGACAUUCCUCUAAGACCAGGAAUCAUUCUCAUAUCCCUACGUUGCACCCUUUCCAAUGUAGCAAUGUCCUUAAGGUAUGGUGACCAAACCUGCACACAGUAUUCUAGGUGGGGUCUUACCAAGGAAUUAUAUAAUCGUAGUAUUACUCUAACAACUACCUGUUCUGCUUCCUGUCAGUUAACCAGUUUUCGU